CGCUCGCUCGCCGCGCGGAGCGUCGUGUUAUGUGUUUGUGUUCGAUAGUACACAUAUCAAAUUUCAUCGCCAAAAUUUGAUAUUGUUGUCAAUUGUGCAGUGCUCCAUUGUUUAUGGAUUCAAUGGUAAAUUGUUUACCGGUUCAGUUUUUUUUUGUGCCACGUUGUUUUUUUUUUUUUGCAUUGUGUUUUUUAUUUUGCUAAGUGAUUGGAUCAUGUUAUAGUAGAAGAAACGAUGUAGAUAGGCACACAGACAGAUACGAUGUCUAUUGACCAAGCAUCGCCACUGGUGCCUAUCAAGCCUCAGAUAACGUUACAGAAUAGUGCAUUCAUAAAAAACAGCCAUAAUCGCAGCAGCUUCUGCGGGGCGACGCCUUCUCCGACGAAUGGGAACCGAACGUUCAAAACUUUCUCCGUGAACCGAAAGAGUUGGAGCGGGAACAUAACGCUUCCUCUCCAACAGUUCUCGGCAGACGAGAGCCCGCAACUGGGGACCUUUCGUUCCGGGACGGGAACUUUUCCGAGAAACCGGGAGCGGAACAAUAACAGUGCCUCGAACGGAAUAUUAACACCUAACGGGAACUCGGUGCAGACGUUCAAAGGAAAUGAAGUGAGGAAGAGCGGAUGCUCCAACGGCCGGCGCUACGCCGAGAUCGGAAACUGGAGUAAAAGAAAUGCAACAUUUCUGGAGCCGCACCUCCAAGGUGUGAGGAGGAGGGACAGCCGCAGCUCCGACUCCGACCACGAUGAGCGCUCCACGGAGGACGACGAGAGGUCACUCCUCCGAAGUUCCCCCCGGUCGAGACUGCCGCCCCCGCCGCCGCCCCCCGACGACCCGCCACUGAAACCCAGAGAGUUCUUCGAGAGACUCCAGAGCCAAGCGAUGAGAGACGCGCAGGACAGGAAGAAGAGAGAGAAGGAACCGCCGUUUCGAUCGCUAGACGACGGCAGUCUAGGCGACAGCCUCAGUCAGAGUCGAGAGAGUUUGUCGUCAGAUGGUGAGGGAGCGAAAGGAGACUGUUCCUCCGUGGGAUCUUCGGGGUCCGAUUCGGAGGAACAACAGCCAUGUGAUAUUGGCUUAUUAGAAAGACUGAUAAGAACGCAUCCCGUUUGGUUCCUACCGGGAAUCCAACGAGCUGGUGCGUUCCACCUAUUACAAGGAAAAGAGGAAGGGAACUUCGUAGUCCGACAAUCUAGUCAGCCGGAGACGAUGGCCAUCAGCGUCCGGCUCCCGGCCGACAAGGGACCGUACAUCGAGCACUAUCUCAUCCAAGCUUCGGACGGUCGCAUCGGGCUGGAGACCUCGCACAACCGCUUCGAUAACAUACCUGAGCUUAUAGCUCAUUACUCGCAAUGUUGUGACGAGUUACCAGUUCAACUUCAGUUACCAAGACCGUUGCGGGAAGCCAAAAGCCGACAACAGCUCAGUUCUCUCGCCUUAUUGGGGCAAGAGUUCUGGGGAUACCCGAUGGCCAAUCCAAAAAACACUCAAAAUAACCUACUUUCGCCAUGUCAAUUAGCUAAUGGAGUAGUUCCUAUGGCAGUUACUCCAUCAGAUACUGGUUCUAGUCUAAGCAGCUUCAAUAUAAGUGGCACAUCAACGAAUUCCCGGGAGCACAUCUUAAGUCCUGAAAAGGACCAAAACGUAGUAUUAAAAAUGUCACCAGUAGAUGCCUCAGGUUCCCCACCGAGUCAAAAUCAGAACUUGAGUACAUUCAAGGGAAAGACACCACCAUCGCCGCCCGCUAAGCCGAGUGGAACAUUUGUGAGAGCGCCACGACCAACCCCACCAAAUACGCUUAACCUGAUAUCGAGCACGGCGCAUAUAACUCAUCCUCAUACAUUCCCAACGACUAAAACCCCGCAUUCCCCUACUCAUUCAACUCAUUCUAACUGUAAAACUACCCCACCUCCCCCACCUCCUCGAUGGGCCAAACCUCCGUUUCCGAAAAUGUCCCUAUCCCCGAAUACCGAAGUCGUUAGUUUUAGUCCCAUUAACAAAUCAAAUGGAAACAUAACCGUGACUACGACGGUCACAUUCAGCGUAAAUAAUACUCAAAUUCAUAACCAUCAAAUAAACGAGAGUAUUCACAGCGACAGACUGCAAUUAACGCUUGCAUCUAACACCAUUAAUAAUAAUAACGAAGCUGGAUUUAAUUUAAUGGAUGUAGCCAAAAAGCUUUCGGAGUCUGAUGGAGAACUACAGCAUAUGAUGCAUCGUAUGUCGCCCGAGGGAGAAUGUGUCAGUGCAAUGACAGCUAGCUUACAUGGCAGUUUUAAAAGGCAGAUAACGGAGCAAUCGAACACAGACCCUGGAUCACCGAAUGACUUACAUUCUCAAGCAAAUACAGAGUCAAUAGAUCCCGUAGUUAACACUCUAUCUAAAUCCAAUAAUAGCUUUACUCCCAACCAACUAGUAUCACCAAACGGAACCAACUCUGUUACCAGCGGCAUAUUCUCGCCAACUAGUCAAAUUAACUCACCCGUUUCCAACGAUACUAUUUCCUCCAAAAGCGGUGUGUUUUCACCGAUAAGUCAGACAAACAAGAGUGAAGUUUUUUCACCAUUAUCUAGAACGUCUCCUGAAUCGACCAAAAAUUUAUUUUCCCCAAGUUCAAAUCAAUCUAUACUAUCACCUGUUUCUGUCAAAGAUAAAGUUCUCACUCCUAGUACCAAUACAUCCAGCACCACACCUUCAGGUAGAUCUCGAAGAAGCAAGCACUCCCUGAGGAAGGAAUCCAGACAUUAUCAGGAGUCAGAUAUUUUAGAAUCUCCAGGAGUGUAUUAUCGUAGUUCAUUAAUGGAUAAGGUUAGUGAUUACGAAGACAUUUGGGGACCAGAGGGUAAUAAUUGCUCAACUUUUAAGCCUAAUAAAUUAGAAAAUGAAGCCAACAUAAGCAAUGGUCUAAUGAAAAGCAAAAGACCCGACUUACUGCCAGAUACAUUACCAAAACUAAGUGCAGCUAAAAGCAACCAAUCUAUCCUGGAAAAAGAAAAUUUGUCGCUGAACUCGACUGAAUGUUUGAAUGAUAAUAAGUCUCACUCGGAUAACUCGCUAAAAAAGAGUUUAAAUGGUUCCAAUGAAAUAAUAGCAACGACAAACAGUAGAGGAGAUGUAGUCCCCGUGAGACCAGAUAAACUCAAUAUAGCGUUAAAUAUUAAUAAGAAAUUGACAGAAGAAAUAGAAGCAGCACUAAAAAAUCGUGAGAAACACAAUACAGAAAGCAUGGAAACUGUCAAAAUGGAAGACUGUUUGAGAGAAACGUCUGAGGAAUCAGAAAAGGAUAACGCUGGCAGUCCAUUUUAUGCUGAUCCUGUGGAUGCUUUGAAAGAGGCUGCUAUGCUGCCUGUUCAGCGCAGAAAACUUUUGAGGGUAGGGAUGAAUCUGUCUCAACGGUAUUCUGAGCCACCUACGCAAAAUCACCCCUACUACCCUCUAAGAGACAUGCAUAGUAUCGAAGAACUUUCACCGUCUUCACCAAACACAUCCACGUCAGUCGACAACUUGGUUUCUCUACGAAAUAAACCAAAAAUGAAACCAGUAGAACCGCCGCGUGUUGCCAACAAACCUCCUUCUGGGAAGGAUCAACCUUGGGCGGUUGAUUCUAGCUGGCAAUUCAUAAACAAGAACGACGAUGGCAUGGGCAGUGAGAACGGCACGUUUCCCUCGCUGGCGGAGCAGGAGUGUCGGCUGAGUGGUGAUGAUGCACAGCAUCUCACGGUACACCAGGUGGUCGCGCAGCGGUUCCCCGAUCUUCGGCUGAACCCCGAGCCGACAGUGUUACCAGAGGAAGUGAGAUCACCCCCUCGAGCUUCGUGCUACGACAACGUUCAUGACUUGAGACCCUUGUCAGAACAGGCAAGCGACGACGGCACCGUGUUCUCAGAGCCGUGGGACAGCUCGCAGUGGGAUGGGCUGAUACCUCCCUCCGGACCACCGUGCUAUGAAGCGGAGGAGCCAAAUGAGUGGGAUUCUCCCUUACCCAGAAGAGGUAUCGCGGCCGCUGCAAGAAGCAAGAGCUUCCGAGAUAGACUGGAUCCACUACUAGCGGCAGGUAGAGUGCGAGCGCUGCGCGGGGGCAAGUCCGCUCGCGGUACGGGCGCGGCGCUGCGGGCGUACGCGCUACAUCUGGCGCAGGACAAGAGCACCACCUUCGCGCAGAACGUCGACAACUUCAUCGCCUGCACGCUCGACUCCAAGGAGACUUGUCCACAGGUCACCAUGCGGAAUAUGAGACAGUUCAUGUCUGGGAUGAAGAACUAUCUCGUGAAGCAUGGUGAAAGAGAGUUCGAGAAAGAAGUUGAAAAGGAGAGGCUCAAGCUCAAACCCACGGAGUUCCUGAACCUGGACGCGAUAUUAGAGGGCGUGAUGCACCGACUGGUGGUGAGGCCGCUGCGAGCGCGACUAUACGCGCAGCUGGCGGCCUGGCACGCGCCCGACCUGCGCCGCCUGCACGCCGCCAUCGAGCGCGCGCACCACGCCACGCCACUGCAGUUUGGGAUCAAGGAGUCCACAAAAGUACCAUCACCGGCUGUGCUAGCGAUGAUAUCAAAACACUUCCUAAAAAUGCAAGUCGCUGAUUCUCCGUUGGACAAGCUUGAGAACCUCCUCGCUGCGAUAUCCAUUAUGUUUAAUGCUAUUCGCGGCGAGCGGACUCUAGGCGCGGACGACUUACUACCGGUACUCGCGUGGACGGUCGCGCGCUGCCGGCUGGUGUGCGCCGAGCUAGAAGCGGAGCUGAUGGCGGGGUUACUGCCGGCCGCGCUGCUGUCCGGCGAAGGGGGGUACUACCUCACCGCGCUGUUCUCGGCCGUAGCCGUGUUGAAGAGGCUAGCGCCUGACUCGGGACCUGAUAGUGCGACACCGUGGCGGCGCGGCUCCUCUGAGUCGGAGCGGUCAGCAUGCGCGACAGUAGUCCGCGUCGCGUUACCGGACGAGUGCCGCGGUUCAAUCCGGCGCGUCGCGCUGCCGUGCCGCGCCGGCGCGCGCGCCCGCGACCUAUGCCGCGCGCUGGCGCACGCCGCCGCCAUCACCAACCCGCAGGACUAUGCGCUGUUCGCGUUGCAUGAUGGACAAGAAACGAUGUUGAAUGAGAAUGAUUGCCCACAAGAGGUGAUGUCAGAGAAGAUUGGACAGAAUUUCAUACUCGCGUACAAGAGAAUAGACGCUAAAAUCGCGUGGCCCCAGCAAGCCCUGCUCUCUUACCCCUAACUGACCUCAAUCUCAAUAAUCGAGGAAGAAUUUCUCAAAACAAAAAUUUAACUUUUUUAAAUCAUAUUGUAAUCUAUCAUAUUAGUAGCGGUAGCCAGUUGUUGAGCAUAGGUUAUUACAGAAGAGGGUACUUUGGCAAGUCGCAUUUGAUAACUUUGACAGCGAAGUAAUCAAAAAUAUGCAUGACAUUUAACAUGGCGCACCGCUAUUUGCCAAGUGACAUGGCGCUUGCGAUGCGUCAAAUCCCAUACAU